UUUACUCAGUGCAACACAAAACUUGGCUGCAGCACCAGGGCAGAGUAUGGUGCGACCCCCCUCCUGCUCUGCAAAUUAAGAUCCAAGGAGAGCUGUGAACAACCACAAAGUCCGUCUUGCCAAAGCGGGUUAUUUGGUGCAGUCCACUCCCCGCUCCAGGCAGGGAGCCACGGUUUACGUCAGGCAGAAACAAGGGCAGGAGGAACCGAUAAGCAUCAUUCGCUUUUUGCUGUGGGGUCGCGCUGAGGCGCCAAGCUGUUGCAUGUCAGCUGCAGCUGCUUCUGCAACGGUGGAAUAAGCAGCCCUGAAACUUCAUUAUCUUGCCGAGGGCUGAUCGCUGCUGCAGUUGGUAGCACAGUAGAAGCCGGGCAGAGAAACUGCCGCGCAAGUGAAAUUAACGAGCCGGUGGGUUCUGCUCAGUAGCCUUAAAAUAGACCAACGUGUGGGUGAGAAGCUUCAGACUUCCUCCAACAAUUUUGAAUUAAAGAAGAAGAAAUGAAUCUUGCAAAUGAUGGUGCAAUGUCCAGAGCCAUAUUUGACUGGAACUAUGUUCUGUGGGAAGUUCGUUUGACAUUACUAGCAGCUGGUUUUUUCAUCUACCUGGGAGUAUUUCUUCUAGCUCACUGGCUGUCCUCAUGGAUCAGUGCCAGUUAUCGCACUUUAUCACCACAGCAGAAGGUCUUCUGGAAUAUGGAUAUCACACGUGGCCUGUUUGCAGUUCAGAGUUGUGGAGCUGGCUUGUGGGCCUUGCUUAUAGAUCCAGAUUUUCAAGCUGACCAAGUGUAUUCACAACAAAAGUGGAGUUGGUUUCACUGCUUAACAGCUGCUGGCUUCUUCCUGCUUGAAAAUAUAGUUGUUUAUGUGUCUAUUAUUGUUUUCAGGACAUGUGAUGUGUUCUCAGCGGUUCACCAUUUAUUUGCCUUUGGUGGGCUUCUUGGUCUGAUAUUUAACAUAAAGUCUGGACACUAUCUACCCGUGAUGGGACUGCUACUUGAGAUGAGCACUCCUUCAAUCUGCAUGUACUCGCUUCUUCUAAGGACUGGCAAUGCUCAUACCCUUUUAUGGAAGGCAAAUCAGUGGGUACUGAUCCACAUGCAACACUGCCGCAUGGUCCUCACUUAUCACAUGUGGUGGGUGUGUAUUUCCAAUUGGAAUGAUGUGGUGGAAAAUCUGGGACUUCCGUAUUUUAUUGUCUUUUUCAUGGGGUUAAGUAUACUUACAUUAAUACUUAAUCCAUACUGGACAUACACAUCGACUCGGAUUUUCUUCAGUCCAGUUGACAGGACCUUUCGAAAUAUAGCAGAGAAAAAUGGAUCCUCUGAAAAAUUAAAUAGUGAAGCAUUUCAGAAGAAGAGGAUAUAGUGCUGCAACAGCUGUUAGGGUAACAGUAAGAUAUGGCCAGCAGAAAAUAGUGCGAGUUUACUACCGAGUGCAUGUAGAAUUGCUUACAAGAAGUCUUUGAUUAUAUUGAUCCAUCUGUAGUUUGCUAUCAGUGCACUAUACUCAUGUAUCAAAAGUGUUUUAAAAUUGUUGCUGUCUAUAUUUAAAAUGCACAUACAAUCUUUGUCUGAGUCAGGAUUUGUGCCAGUAGUUUUAGCUUGGAAGCAUAAUGUAAUAAAAUUUCAUUUUGGGGGAAGUGGCAAAUUAAUCAUAGACGUGUAAGGGAGGUGCCAUUUGAUUGUUAAAAUUCUACAGAAUCCUAAUUUUAACGGUGUCACCGUCUGCAGCAAGGGAGGGAGGACUGGCUGCCUCUCUGCCAUCCAGCUCCCAGGUCCAGGUCCUCUAGUUGGUAUAAAUUUUGAGAAUGGAACUUUGACAGAAUUUGGUCAAGUUGGGUAUUAUUGAAAAGUCCGCCUCCCAUGAACACAAUGGUACCAAACAUGACAAGCCCAGAACAAUUAUGUAGAUAUAUAUUUGAGAAAAAAUUGAAAUGUCAACUUUUUAAAUUAUAUUUUAACACAGGGACGCAUUUUGCUUGCAUAAAAAAAAGACACUGAUCUUUGGUAAUCCUAGGGAGGUUAACCUUGACAUAUAAGACUGAAAACAUUUAUUAAUCGAAUCCAUCAUCAGAGUCAUCUUUGUCUAGGCCUCCAGGGCUAGAUACAUUGUCACAUUGAUCCUCAUGCCACAGUCAGACAUCUCUGUAUAAGGCAGAUGUUUGGCUAGACAUUUGCAGAGUAGUGAGCAUCUGGUCUUUGUGUAUAUCCUUUCAAACAGAUCCAAAAAAAAAUUGUCUGAUUGCAGCACUUAUAUGCUGUGUUCUGUGCAUUGACUUUUUCUUUGUGUAUUAAAUUAAUUCUAUUCUUA